GCAAGUUCCUGCAGUCUGGUGCCAGCUUACAGUUUUUCAACACUAUUUCAUUUUCUCUCCUCUCCCUUCAAAAAAAUAUACAACUUUGUUGAACAGAUACCCAGCAAAAACUCAGCCAUCGCUACACGAGGCUUCUCUUUUAAUUCUUCUUUAAAUUUUUCUUCUUUUUUUAAUUGUCUCUUUCCUCUGCUAGGCUUUGGCCACUGGAAAAGUGCCAGGGGGAGGGAAUAGCUCUGGAUGGCAGGAAUCCCAGCAAAAACCAGUUUUGACCUUUAGACAGAGCUAUAAAGAUUCAGUGAAGUCUGUGGACACAGGUGCUUCGUCACAGAGAAGACAACAAAACCAGCAGAGAAGUGAAACCAGGAAGAUUAGGUUUCGUUUCUCGAUUCUUUGAUUUUAGAGGAGAGAACAAGUAACACUCAGUGGAUGCUUUGUACUCCAUUUCUGCUGCGCAUCAUUCUGGGGCUUAAAUAUUUAAGGAUUUAAUAUUUCAAAUAUUGACAUUUUAGCCUAGAGCUAGGAAGAAGAGUUGAGGCCCAGAAUGGCUUCUGAAGGUGAUCAACAGCAGAAAGUCUGGGUCGAUUUAGAAACAAAGUAUCCUGAAGUAGUUCUAUGUGUUGGAAAAAUACGUUUUGGUGAAAAAGCAAGAAAAAAUAUGCCCAAAAAUUCCAAACAAGAUCAAAAAUACACCCUUGCCCAUGCAGUGUGUGCUUUGCUGAACUCUGGAGGAGGUGUCAUAAAAGCAGAGAUUGAAAAUGAAACUUACAACUUGGAGAGAGGUAAUAUUGGACCAGAUUUAGAAGAGACUUUUCGGUCUCUUAUUUUGUUUCCGGACUGGAGAGAAUACCUGGACUUCGAACAGCGUGAUAAUUACCUUCUGAUUUUUGUUAAAACCUGGAGCAGUAAAAACACAGCCUCUGCAAGUACAAAGCCACGUAUCUGCAGCCUGAGUACUGGGUUGUACACAAAAGGUAUUUCUUCUCUCUACCAUGUGAGCCCUAAAGAAGCAUUUUCGUUCCUUGAAAGAAAGCAAGAUAAAGCCAGGACAGAGAUUAGCUCAGAACCACUUGUUAAAAUCAGGAAGAUACUGGCUGUUGAAAGAGACAUUAAUAUUAUAAACAACACUGUUGACAAGUUGUUUAAUAGGGACCAACUACGACAUGGAGAGACAUUGACUUUCACAGAAUCAGGACAUGUGGAAUUCAAGCACUACUCAACUGACAAAUUUUUGACUCGUGUCAAAGAGAUAUUGCCACAGUAUAUUGCUGGAUUUGCAAAUACAGCCGGCGGGUAUUUAUGGAUCGGUGUGGAUGAUGAUGGCAAAGUUCAGGGAUUCAGCAGUGAUGAUGGGGACCUUGAAAAAUUAAGUCUCCUAAUCAAUUCCAUUCAAAAUAAAUUAACCCUGUUCCAUUUCUGUGGGGAAGAAUAUACACACAUCUUAAAGUGUGAACACAAAAUCUUCAAAGUGUACCGCGAGGCUGGAGAUCACUGUGGCUAUGUCUGUGCUGUGAAGAUUCAGCCAUUUACUUGCGUCGCAUUUGCCGAAGACCCAGACUCGUGGCUGGUGGAAGGCAACACCAUCAGGAAACUGAAAGCAAACGAGUGGGCUGAGUGGAUGACCGCUGCUGAUCCAGAUCUUUCAAAUUUUUCUGAGACCUUUAGGCUGGAGCUCAGUCUGACAGAGGGGCCACCUCUUGCCAAGCCAGUUUAUUCACACCAGGGCCUUGAGAGUGUUGAUGAUCUUUGUAAGCAACUGUUUCCAGUGGAAUCCCAGAGCAUAAUAUGUACUCCAGAAAAACUCACUGAAGAUCUCCUCCAAGAGCAUCAAGGAUUGGAUAUUUUAAUGAAAAAUCAGUUGAAGCAGCUUUCUGAGGGAGUUCUGAUAUUUUCCAGAAGCUGGGCUGUUGACAUUGGCUUGCCAGAAAACAAAGACAUAAUUUGUGAUGUUCUUCUAAUAGCCAAGGGCAGGCCACCUAUCCUCUAUACAAUCUGUGAGCGUCCUAUCUCAAAGGAUUUCUUUGAAUACUCAAGACGCAUAGCCUGGAAGCUGAAGGAGAAAUUAGUGAACACGGGGGGCUAUAGUCACAAAUUGUGUGUAAUUCCAAAACUGCUCACUUUGCCUUCCACAAUUAGUGGUGGAAAAGAAUGGGAUCUGAAUAUUGAAGAAAUGUAUCCCCAAAACUACAGCCUAAUCACCAGUGGCAACAUGAAGGAUCUCUUACAUGCUCUCACGGUAGCUCUGCUGUCUUUCAAGUCCUUUUUAAGUGACCGUGUUGGUUCUGAAUUUUUGAACCUCUUGACCAUGCAACAAUACCAGGUGCUGUCAGAAAAUCUUCACAAAAGCAAGAAGCUGUUUGUUUAUGGUCUACCAGGAACAGGAAAAACUAUACUGGCCCUGAAGAUCAUAGACAAAAUAAGAACAAUGCUGCAGUGCACAAAAAAUGAAGUUCUUUAUGUAUGUGAGAACCAGCCUCUCAGAGAUUUUGUGCGGCAGAAAAACAUUUGCCAAGCUGCAACAAGAGUAGCCUUUUUGCAAACAAACUUUCAUGAAGUGAAGCACAUAAUAGUGGAUGAAGCGCAGAAUUUCCGAGCUGAGAAAGGUAAUUGGUAUAGCAAAGCCUUGGCUAUAACUUCAUCCCCAGAUCUCCCUGAGCCUGGCUUUUUCUGGAUUUUCUUGGACUACUUACAGAAAAGUCACUGUUUCGAAACUGGUCUUCCAAGAGAAGAAUGGCAUGAUCCUGUUGAGUCACUGACUAAAGUGGUUCGUAAUGCAAACAGUAUCUAUAGCUAUCUAAAAGACCAGAUGGAAAAGAUUGUAGAGGACCCUACCACAGAUAUUCCCAACCAACGUUUGAAAAACUUGUUAUGCAGAGCCACGUGUGCUCAUGCUGUGCAAGGCUGUAUUAAAAUAGAAAGCAAACUAAGCAAAGAAGAAAUAGCAAAAUAUGUGGCAGAACAUUGUUAUACGUACCUUAAAAAGGGUUACAGCAAGAAAGACAUUGCUAUUCUGUGCUACAGUGAUGAAGCAGUAAACAUAUACUAUGGAAUACUAGCAUCAGAAAUGAGAAAGUUAAAUAUAGGUUUAAGACAAAUGAAGGGAUGGGUAGCACAGCAUGCUAUUAUUGACAGUGUCCGUCGUUUCUCUGGCUUAGAAAGAAGCAUUAUAUUUGGUAUUAUUCCUCCAUGCUUUCCAUUUCACAGAGAAAUUUUUAAAAAUAUAUUAGUCUGUGUAGCAUCCAGAGCUAACUUAAAUCUACACUUGCUAUUUAGUAAUUGAGAACAGGCAACCACCUUGGAUCCCCACAAGAUCCUGAUAAGUAAACAGUUAUGUAUUUUUGAAAUUACUUUAUUCUAUAUUUGAAGUCAAAGGAUUUCCUCUGUAAUGGCUGGUCCUCUCUAAAUGCCCAGAUGUUCUUGGGAAGCCUCUACAGUCCAUUUUAAAUCAGAUGUUUUUAAUGGUGCAAUGAUUAAAAGAGAUACUUUGAAUGUCAGUAGAAUUCCAUCAUUCCCUCAAGGCUUCUUUCGAGGACUUGCACAACCUGACACUCAGCCUUUGACCACGUGCAGGUGCAUUGCCAAGUGAAAGCCACUAUGCCAAGGCUGGAAGACUUUCUGGCUUUCCCCAGCUCUCUCCUGUAGUCAUCAUACUGCUCAGAAGUUACAAAACAGCGUAGGCAUCCAGUGUUCAAAGCCUUUAAGACAGCCUCUAUUCAGGUAUCUAGGAAAAUAAUAAUGGGGCCUUCUAUCCAUCUUUUAGCUAAGAAAAAGACAAAUAAAUGGCUUUUAUGAAACUAGUUUCCCCACUCAAUUUCAGCAACAGUCACUAUGAGUUGGAAGAAUCCAGUUGCUCCAAAGAGGAGCUUUAGUGGCAGAAGAAAAACUUCGCAUAACGGCCCUUAGAUACUAAUGGCAUUUUUUGUCUUGGUUUCAGACAUGGUAGUUAGAUAAAAUUCUCUGUGUAGAGUUAAAUGCAAAGUACUUUUGAAAGACAGAUCCAAAAUUCCUAAAACUGGGUAUCCAAAAUUCCUAAAACUUGGUAUCCAAAAUUGAAGAGUGGUUGAAAAUAAAUCAUAUUGUGGUUCAUUUGGUUUGGAAGAGCAGUCUGAUAUCCUCCUAGUGAGAUUAUAAAGCACCAGUGAUUUAACCAAAUAUGCUUACAAUAAGACAUUGCAUGCAGCUGGAAUCCCCAUCCAAAUAAAUUUCCCUUUUAACUUAAAAAUUCUUGCUUUACUAACUUCAGGAAGCUAGAGGCACUUUUCCUUUUUUUUUCCUUAAUCAACAUACAAGGAAAGACUAUCCCUGUGGUUCCUUUCAUAACCCCCAAACCUCAACACCUAAUCAUACCAUGCCUAGGAUUUAUUAAGAUCAAAAUUAUUUUAAUUCACUUGAAUCCACAUUUAAAUCAUUGCUGAGUAAGAUCUUUACUAUCUGCUUAAUUUUCUUGCCCCCAGGGAUUAAAGCAAAGGACUGAUUUCUUUUUUCUGUUUUCCAUAGCAUACAUAAAGAAUCUGUGCUUCAAUAUAAACAUUUAUAUAAUAAAGUGUAAUGUAAUGACCA